UCAAAGUAAACAACUACCACUUCAGCCUUUUCCUCUGUAGGAGGAAAUCUCACUUUACUGUUGUAAGUAGAGAGGUUUCGUUGUGUAGGAUACUCACAGUAGUUGAGGAAGUAAGCUUUUCUUAUCUGUUUGCCCAGAGGGUUUUGUGACGAUAUUAUAGGCUGCGUUUUGUGAAGCCUUAAAUAGAAAUAGAUUAUACAUUCAACAACCAAACUACAGUUCCUGGAGUAGCCUAUUUCUCUCCUCUGACCUCUGAUGCGACAGUCCCACGACUGCAGGUGCUGAUUCUGUCUGAUAGUCAAACCAGGCCAAACAUCCAAGAGCACAGGCAAUAGCUCAAACUAUGCCAGAGCUUGGGGACUUGAUCGAAAUAUUCCGUAUGGAAGUUGCAGGUAUGCCAUUAAUACCACUGCUAGAUUAUCAGCACUGGGCUGUGUACGUUGGAGAUGGAUACGUUGUUCACCUGGUGAACCUCGGCUCAGACAGCUUCUCCAGCUCGCCCAGCUCGCCCAGCUUGUCCAAGCCACAAACAAAACCUAAGGGUUGCAAAGGCAAAGUAAAGAGACAAAAACUGGAGGUUGUGGCAGACCACUGUAGGUGGAAAGUAAAUAACAAACUGGACAACGUACGCAGUCCUCGGCCAGCCCAGGAAAUUGUGGAGGAGGCCCUUUCCUUGGUGGGUCAGGACAUAUUUUACGAUGUCACCAUGCGGAAUUGUGAGCACUUUGCCACGCAGCUACGCUAUGGCAUAAGCACAUCUUGGCAGGUGUUAAAGUAUGCGGCAGUAGGAGCGGCAGCAGUAGCAGGAGGAGCACUUGGAUCAAUCGCAGGACCAGGAGGGAUGGUAGGAGGAGGCGGCGCUUUAGCACUUUGGGUCAAGAAGAAACUGGAGUAGUUAACUCCCUCAGUUUCCUCUUCCUCCUCCCGAAGUUAUUUCUCUGGCAGUAGUCUACUCAAUGGAAUACAUAAAAUAAUUUGAAAAAAAACAUGUUGUAAUCUCCAAGUGUGUGUUUUUGCUUCAAUAUGUUUUAUGCUAAUUCAUGGCAGGUAGUUACCCUGUGAAAAUACAAAAUAUGUUUUGGAAACAUUUUUAGUUGUUUAGUUUAGUUUUCAUUCAUAGGCAAAAUACCACCACUCAGUCAGUCAAUCAGUCAGUCAGUCAGUCAGUCAGUCAGACAGUCAGUCAGUCAGUCAGUCAGUCAGUCAGUCAAACAGUCAGUCAGUCAGUCAGUCAGUCAGUCAGUCAGUCAGUCAGUCAGUCAGUCAGUCAGACAGUCAGUCAGACAGUCAGUCAGUCAGUCAGUCAGUCAGACAGUCAGUCAGUCAGUCAGACAGACAGUCAGUCAGUCAGUCAGUCAGUCAUUCAGACAGUCAGUCAGUCAGUCAGUCAGUCAGUCAGACAGUCAGUCAGUCAGUCAGACGGUCAGACAGUCAGUCAGUCAGACAGACAGUCAGACAGUCAGUCAGACAGUCAGUCAGUCAGUCAGUCAGUCAGACAGUCAGUCAGUCAGUCAGUCAGUCAGUCAGACAGUCAGUCAGUCAGUCAGUCAGUCAGACAGUCAGUCAGUCAGUCAGUCAGUCAGUCAGUCAGACAGUCAGUCAGCAACAGUUGAGAUUAUGGGGAUGGCCCCGCUGGCUGUUUCCAGCCAAAAAGUGUUCACACAUAGAAUUAAGUAUAACUCGUAUAUAUGUGUAUCAUAUUUUAUUUGUAAAUAAAGGCUAUCUGCAAACCAAACCCA